AUGGCCAACGCAUCUUCAGAAACAACGAUCGCACUCGUUACAGGCGCAAAUCAGGGUAUUGGCUACGAAAUCGCAAAGCGUUUGGCUUCGGAGCAUCCGGAUUACCAUGUCUACAUGACCGGUCGACGGAAGGACGCCAUUGAGAAAGCCGCCGCCGAACUUCGGUCUGCCGGCCUAGAUGUUGAGCCAAUGGUCCUAGAUGUCACUUCCGACGACGACAUAGCAGCCGCAGUGGAACAGGUCAGAUCGAAGUACGGUCGCAUCGACGUCAUCAUCAACAACGCCGGAAUCUGCAUUCCCGACCCGAAAGACCCCGUUCGACAGCGGCUCAAGCACAUCUUUGACACGAACAUCUUCGGUGCUGUUGCGCUCACGGAGGCCUUCAUGCCCCUCCUGGAAAAGUCGACCAAAACACGCCGAGUGGUAAUGGUCAGCUCUGGACUCGGAAGUCUACAGGUUCGGACAGAUCCCAACAUCGGUCCUAACCGCGACUUUCUGGAGUACGGAGCCAGCAAAGCAGCGCUUAAUCAUGCCUGCUUGACGUUCGCCUCGCGACAUUAUGGUGAUAACUCCUGGAAGUUCAAUACUUGCUGCCCUGGCUACUGCGCUACAAAUAUGAAUAGCUACACUGGGCCCGAUGAUGCGUCUCUUGGAUCAAUCCGGCCAGUUCAGCUGGCGACUUUGGGGCCGGAUGGUGUCACAGCGACGUUUUCGAAUAGACAAGGGCGGAUACCAUGGGCGCACCAUAACUUCCCCGCUUCUGAGAUACUUCCCGGUGUCCAACUUUACUACGAAGGCAACAACACCGUCAACGAUAACCUGGCCAGUUUAGAUAUCGGAGGAACUCCAAGUCGUCGCCGCGUUCGCAACCACGCUAUCAUGUCAGAAGCUACACCUAGUCGACGGCCUUUUAAAGGCUCUUGCCACUGCGGCGAGACCCAGUUCAUCGUCUUCCUCAUGUUCCCUCAUGCUAUUCCUCCACCUCGCCCGCCGAAGGAAAAGGCGCCGCGAUCGCAUCAGGAGUUCUACAGAUGCAACUGCACCACUUGUCAUAAAGCGGGCUUCUUCCACAUGCGUCUCGAGUCCUCUCCGGACGACUUUCUGCUCUUGAAGCCCCUCGACCCGUACAAGGAGCUCGGCGACUAUCAGGUCUACCAGAAAGACCUGCACUUCCUCUUCUGCAAGACCUGCGGCAUGCGAUGCUUGAUCUUCAUGGGGAAAGGGGAGGUUGUGGAGGUUGAUUUGGAGACGCUGGGGUUCAAAAGCGAGAGCGGAAACGGAGACAACAGAGCGGAUAGCGACGCAAAGCUGACAAAGAUCUGGAGACCCCUGAAGGAUGGUUGGCUGGAAGGGAAAAAGUUCGGCAGUUACUUGAGUGUGAAUGGGUAUGCGGUUGAUGCCGGACAGGAGGGAUUCGACUUACGUGAGAUUACGGAGAAGAAAUGGGUUGGGUACCUGGACUGGCUUGAGUUGCAUGAAGACUCCCAAGGCGUCCGACACGAUCGCCCUUGGGCGGGAGGUGCGUAUUGA